CCUUGCAUUUAUUCACAAUGCUCUAUUUUGCAGAUGUUUCUAACCAGAAGUGAAUAUGAUCGAGGGGUUAAUACAUUCUCUCCAGAGGGCAGACUGUUUCAGGUUGAGUAUGCAAUUGAGGCCAUAAAGCUUGGCUCAACAGCCAUAGGCAUUCAGACCAGCGAUGGUGUGGUGCUAGCUGUAGAGAAGCGCAUCACAUCACCUCUCAUGAUCCCUGCAACCAUUGAAAAAAUUGUUCAGAUUGACAAACAUAUUGGUUGUGCUGUGUCGGGUCUGGUGGCAGACUCGCGCACCCUCAUUGACCACGCGCGCGUGGAGUGCGCCAACCACUGGUUUGUGUACAACCAGGACAUGAAGGUCGAGUCCGUGGCUCAAGCUGUGUCUAAUUUGGCUAUCAGAUUCGGCGAUAAUGACAGUGAUGGACCAGCUAUGAGUCGCCCAUUUGGCGUUGCGAUGCUGUUUGCUGGUGUCGACAAGUCAGGAGCUCAACUCUACCACCUUGACCCGUCAGGCACUUUCCUGCACUUCUGCGCCAAAGCCAUUGGUUCAGGCUCUGAGGGCGCCCAGCAGUCGCUGCAGGAGGCAUAUCAUAAAUCGAUGACGCUGGAUGAAGCUUUGAAGACGUCGCUUAGCAUCCUGAAGCAGGUCAUGGAGGAAAAAGUAAGCUCGACGAACGUCGAGGUCGCCGUCAUCACCAAAGAAAAGGGCUUCACACGCCACCCACAGGACGAGGUAGAGAAGAUCAUCUCUGCUCUCUGAACAAACCGUCGCAAAUGCUCGAUCAAAGCAAGAUCAUGAGCCGCCACCACCAGCAAGGAAGAGGCUAUGCAGCCUGGAGCCUGAGGGACGGCGCCGUUGCAGACGUUGACGCCAAUGGCGACAUUUCCUGCGCGUGAACGCUGCUUCUCGCGUGCUGGAAGUGACGGGGUUCUGUGCUUUGUGGUGUCGCGUCACUAGUAAAGUUUUUCUUUUAUUCA